AUGGCCACCAAUGAAAGCAACGUCGUUGCUGCCUUGCAGGAGCAAAAGAACUACGACGUGUUUCAUUGGGUGUCACCCAGCAGCAAGUUCAUCGCCGCCAAUGACAUCACGGACUACUUUAUGGUGUAUAUCCGUGAAAUUAGUGGCGGGUGUCAGUUUUGUGACGAAGAGGCAAGCGAAGGAUCAGAAGGUCACAUGUUCGAUGAAUGUAACGACGCCUCUAGUAAGAAGCAUCAGAAGCAGAAAGCGACUCACGAAGGGGUGGAGACGCUCUUUGUCACACUGCAGAUGAUGCACAUGGGACAGCCCAUCACGCCUUUGCUGCCGUCGUCGCACACCCGUGGCGAUGCCCAUACGCUCAAUGAGUGGACCAUCUUCCCCAUCGCCGUCUGCGACGUGCCGCUUGACGCCGUUGUGGAGUGCCGCGUGUAUUCGCGCCACGGACACGUCGGCUGCGUGGCGUUCCAUCCCUUCACCGUGAGAGGCGAGCUCAAGACGGGACGGCGCUGCUACCGGUUGCAGACGGCGGCCGCUACAGCUGCGCCACGCAAAGCAGAAACCCCACGGUGGGAGCGGCUUGCACGUGACCUCCACCACGGCCUGAUGCAGUCGGUGCCAUGGAUGGACAAGCUAGUGGAGCGGCGCCUUGCAGAGAUGCGAAGGGUACAGGAUGAGGUCAAUAGCAACAGGGACGGUAACACGCCUCCUAAGGAGGAUAGAGUUUCACUGAAUCUUUUCUUGACCUUCCCAGUGGCGAGUAAUCGUCUCCCAAUAUUUAUGCUAUCGGUGCCGCAUGAAGUAUCCACAGCAGCGCAGUCCUUCCCGCUUGCAGCGACACCGACACAGCCGUUCAUCGACUUGUGCAUAAACGACGAGAACCUCUGCGAGCUCAGAGCCCAUACUGUGUCCAAGUCGCUGUUUCUAAUCUCUGAUGCAGACGCACAGCCUGGUCCCCUUGAGCGACGCCAGUUGCAGGAGAUAGCACGCAGGCCAUUGAUUCAGUUGGAGGAACUGAGGAUUGACGACGAAAUUUUUCUCUGGCGUUUCCGAUUUUUUCUCACCCGUGAUCCCAGCUUCUUCGUGCUAUUCAUGCGCUGUGUGAACUGGAAGAAUAAGGCGGAACGACAGGAGGCCCUCAAGUUGAUGCAGCAAUGGAAGCCCAUUAGUUUUGCGCAGGCUCUGGUGUGCCUCUCCAUCUACUUCAGUGGGGUGGUGCACGUGCGGAACUACGCCAUUGGUCUGUUGGAACGACAGCCGGAUGAGCGCAUCCUCCGCUUCCUGCUGCAGCUUGUACAAGCUGUGCGGUACGAUGUGAAGGGCGAACUUGAGCAGUUUCUCUUGCGCCGUGCGUUGGGCAGUUGGGAGCUGUGCUCUACACUCUUCUGGUAUAUCCAUGUAGAGACGUUGCUGGAAAGGCCAGAAGACACCAAUCAACGCAGUGGAUCCGAGCAGGAGCGGUACUCUCUGAUCAUGCAAAACCUUCUCACCGCGCUGGAGGAGACACAGCCACUCUUUCUGCAGCGCAUUCGCCGGCAGCAGAAGUUGAUGAGUGUGCUGAGGAAUCUCUACCGCGCCAUUAUGAAGGACCCGCGUGACCGCAUCAAGCGGAUCGAGCUUGCCACGUCGCUCAUUGACAUGAAGAAGUGUGGCAUUCAAGAACUCUUCUAUGGCACCUCGGGGCACGUUGCCAGGGCCGCAGACAACCCGAAUACCUUGACACUUCCCACACACCCCUGUGUCGUCGUUGACUGCAUCGCAUCGAGUGGCUUCUACAUGUUCAAGAGUGCCAAGAUGCCAGUCAGGGUGCCUUUUCUCGUGCAGCCGGACUGCAUUAGCAGCAACACCGGCAGUGGCAGUGGCGGCAGAAGUGGUAGUGGUAGCGGCGGCAGCAGCAAUGCUCGCGGCUUCCUCUUAUCGGAUGAGGUGGCGGCGUCGAGACCGUGCUUUGUGCCGCUGUCCUUCCCAUCCCCAGAGGUGGGCGUUAUCUUUAAGGUCGGUGACGACGUGCGGCAGGACCAGCUGGUAGUGCAGCUCGUGCAGCUCAUUGACACGAUGCUGCGGCAGGAUGGGCUCGACCUCUGCCUGAGCCCUUACCGUGUGCUGGCGACAGGGCCAACAGAGGGUCUAGUGGAGCUUGUACCAAACGUUGACACGUUUCAGAUUGCACAGCGUGAUAUCACGCGGUACAUUCGCACCCACAACCCCACCCCAGAGGCGUACACGGCCGCCAUGGGCCGCUUCACCAAGAGCGUCGCUGGCUACUGUGUGCUCACCUUUAUACUUGGCAUCGGUGACAGGCACCUGGAGAACAUUCUCGUGGCACACGACGGACGCCUGCUGCAUAUCGACUUUGGGUACAUUCUCGGCAACGAUCCUAAGCCGUUCCCGCCGCCGAUGAAGAUCAACAAGGAGAUGGUGGAGGCGCUGGGUGGCCCACAGAGCGAGGGCUACACAGAGUUCAAGUCAUACUGUUGCAGCUCGUACAAUAUUAUCAGAAAACACGCACAGCUUAUUCUUAGCAUGAUGCUGCUCAUGGUGGAUGCGUCAAUUCCGCAGAUAUCGGGUGACGGCAAACUGGAUCCACGUGUUAACCUGCUGAAGGUCCAGGAUAAGCUGCGACUGGACCUUUCAAACGCACAGGCGGCGCAAUACAUCCAGAACGUCAUUGCAGAUAGUGUAGGCUCCAUCUUCACCAAUCUGUGGGACGUCAUACACGUUGCGACUCAGGCGACACGGCAUUAG